UCAUGAUCUCCUGAGAAACCCUGUCCCACUCCCUCUCCUCUGCUCUCACAGCUUCAUUCAUUCUGUCCCUGGUUCAGUUCUUUGUUCAACAACAGUUUAGUUCAAUUCAGCUUUAUUUAUGAAGUGCCAAUUACAGCAUGGUCGUUUCCAGACACUUCUACAGAGAAAACCCAACAGUUCAGCAGGGGCCUGGGGCACAAAACCAAGACCAGGGGAUUCAGUCAGGAUAUCUAGGUUAUCCUGGAUGAACUAAUCCAUGAUCCAGUUGCUCUAAAGUAGGAUCAGGCAACGUGAAAUAUGUUUUGACGUAAGUUACCGUGGAGAUUGAUUUAUUCAGUCCCAUCCCUUUUUUCAAUGAGAUUCCCACAAAUGGAAAGUAACUAUUCUGUUGCUCACUAGCAACAUACCCACUGUCAGGAUCACUGAUCACAGAUGUUUAAAUCCUGUCAGUUUGGACUCAUUAUGAUCUUAGAUUUGUUUACAAUCAUUGGAUAACAGUUCUAUAGACUUUAUAUAAAUGGACAUUUCAUAUCUUACAAAAAUAAAGAGUAACAUGACAGUCGGUCCUUAGUUGAAUAAUAAUAAAUUAGAGCAGAAAACAUCAGUUUUAACUGAAGUUACAGUCACAUCCCUGAUUUUGGGAGUGGAUAACCAAAGCACCUCCAAGAAAUAUGAUGUAAAAAAGUGAAAAAACAACAACAGUGGUUUAUUUUUUUAUGUGUGAAUAUUAUAAACGAACCACUGUGUUCUGUGUCAGCCAAAAGGUGAAGGUCAUUCAAUGACCUUUGAACUUUUUUCUGCUGACUGCUUCCCUGACUGAGAGUAAUAAAACAUGGAGCUUUUUGAUGAAACAUCCACUUAUUGGACACUGAUUGAUGCCCUUGAAUAACAGGAAGUGAGAGGAGUAGGACUGGACACUGGUGUCCUGGACACCAAAACAAUCAGAGAUUAAUCCUAAUCCGGGUUUCUUAAUCUCAAAGAAGAUCUGUUGAUAUUUAAAGUGAAGAAUAUAAGUUGGUUUGUGAAUGAGUUCUUAUUAUUUAGCUUGUUUUUGUGGCUAUCAUCUUAUCCUUGCCUCCAUGUCAGUUUGUUUUCCAUCUGUCAGCCGCUAAUGUUAGCUUAGCUUCUUUCCACACCGAUGUUCUGCUGCUUCAGUGUUGUAGCUGAAAGGAGCAGGAAAUGUCUUCUGACACUUGAUUCAAGGAAGCAAACUGAAGAAAAGCAGACUGUCAGCAGGUUCUCCAGCUCUGCUCUCCACAGCCUCUCCACCUUCUGCCGGUUCAAACCACUUCCAGCAUUUGAAGGAUGUUCUCGCAGGCGGUGGAGUAAAGACCUCCUGGUUAGCUUAGCAUCGGCCGGCUCUGUAGCGGCCACGUUCUACCUGGUGUUGUUCUCUCGUGUGUCUUUUAGGCUGAAAAGCACAUCCAGCCUGCUGAGGCCCGCUGACGCCUGCACCGCUCCGUGAAUCCAGCCAGGAGACCGUUCAAGCUCUUUCAUUUGUCUUCUGCUGAUGGUUUCUGUCUGGUUUCCAGUCCCCACUGACCGCUGAUGGCUGGAGUUUACAUUUCUCUAGAAGAGCUGUGUUACUGUGUUAUUCCUGUGUUUUCUAAUGUGUUCUGUGAUUUGACUACGUUUGUUUUUAGUGUUUUUACAGAUGAGCUGUACUGUGAAUAAACCAAAAGUAAUGAAACCUUGAAUGUUGGAGCUGAUACUGGCAGACAGCAGUGAGCUCACUGUGUGGCUGAGGUGAUGGAGCGGUGUGGUGGCCAUCUUGGAUGAGGAUGAUCCCUUCCCUCCUGGAGAAGGCCGGUCUGUGUGCAGUCUGUUCAGACAUCCAGGAUGUUGUGUGUUUUCUGUCAGCCUCCAGAAGUGAACCUGCUGGAGUCUUUCUCUGGUUCACCUCGGUCUCUUCAUCUUCUCUGUGGAUUGAUUCUUACAGAUGUUGAAGGAAUAAUUGCAAAGUUGAAGAAUUGAAUUACAAAGUUCUGUGCAGGAGAAGAGAAUGACACGAGAAAUAACACGCAUAAGAUAAAAGAAAUCACUGCUUACACAAAAGUAUUUUAAAGCAUUUUUAGCUUUAAGUUCUAUGAACUGAUCAAAAGUGACAGGUUUAUAAAAGUCUUUCAUCGAUGAUGAGGGUGAGUGUGUUCACCUGAAACCGUUUAAAGAAAUAAAACAAGUUCAUCACACACACACUGAAUCACCAUCAGAGGGUCAGACAGGAAGUAACAUUUCUAAACCACUGGAAGAGUGUUUGGUGGUAAUAGAUUACUUCUUUGAACUACUUCAGUAAAGAACCUGAUCUCACAGGUUCAAACAUGAGUGGACUUUAAAUUCAUGUCACUGAGCCGAGCACACAGCUCAGCUGCUCAUCCCACAAAUGCAUGUUCCUGACAAACGUGUCUGUGUUCCUGAAAUUCAACCAGCUGUUCACAAUGUGUCAGGUUGUUUUAUUUUGACCAAAAAGUUUGGCUACAGGUGACUUCAGAGCACAGAAAUGUCAGUCUGACAGUCAUAGGAAGAGUUAAUGGGCCACAGCAGUGGAUUCAGGCUGAACGGGCUGUUCCAGGGCUGUUUGGGGCGGACACAUCCAGCAGGGGGCAGUAAAACUGACUGACUGUGGGGUAGUUUUCACCCUGAGCUGUGGUUGACAGGAAGUUCAAACUACUCCGUCUCUCUUAAAACUGCCUUUAACGUUGACUUUGAUUGGCCUUUUAUCCAGCUUUCCUGGUUUUAUUCCGUUCCUCUGGCUGUGUGAGGGUCGUGGAAAUAAACUGAGCAAUAACAGAAAAAUCCGAUCUGAUUCUGAUUCACUGUCAGCGUUUAUAACCACAGCAUGGAAGAAACAGCCUCAACAGCAAAGAAAACAACUGUUUGGAUUUAGGUUAUUGGAUGAGAGAACGUUCAGUCAGUGUGAGUUCAUUCUGCAUUCACUAUGAAGAGGGAGAGAGAGAGGGAGAGAGAGAGAGAGAGAGCGAGCGAGCGAGCCAGAUCGCUCCUGUCAGUCGGCACUGAGGGCGCAGAAAGCCCAGAAAGACGCGGGAAAUCUCUUCCUGUUCUGCAGUGUUUCAGUCUCGUGGAUCAUUCCGGAGCAGACAUGGAGGACAAUCAGCUGACUGAAUCAGCACGCCCCAACAGUAACACAACCAGGAAGAGAGACGACUACCUGGAAUGGCCCGAGUACUUCAUGGCCGUGGCCUUCCUGUCUGCACAGAGGAGCAAAGAUCCCAGCUCACAGGUGGGCGCCUGCAUCGUGAACCCAGAGAAUAAGAUCGUGGGGAUCGGCUACAACGGGAUGCCGAACGGCUGCGACGACGACCUGCUGCCGUGGUCCCGGACUGCGGACGACCGGCUGGACACCAAGUAUCCCUACGUGUGCCACGCUGAGCUCAACGCCAUCAUGAAUAAGAACAGUGCAGACGUGAAGGGCUGCACCAUGUACGUGGCUCUGUUCCCCUGCAACGAGUGUGCCAAGCUCAUCAUCCAGGCAGGUCUGAAGGAGGUGGUGUAUCUGUCCGACAAGUACCGCGACUCGCCGGAGAUGACGGCGUCCCGGAGGCUGCUGAAAAUGGCGGGGAUCCACUUCAGGCAGUUCCAGCCCAAGAGGACUGAGAUUGUCAUUGAUUUUAAUUCCAUUAACCAUCCUGGGAUGCUGAGCUGCGCGUCCAAGUGAAAAUGCAAACGACUCACCUUGGGGAGCCGCCGGGCAAGCGAGCGAGCGAGCGAGGCGAGGAGGCAGAGGAAGAAUGACGAGAUUGAAAGGGACUUUGAUGCUUCUCUUCCUCGUGUCUUCUUGCCCCCCGCUUUGUCCAAAGGGAAGCUCAAGGAUACCUUGACUUUGGCGUCUUUUGAUAUUUUGAUUAACCGGAAAUUUGACGCUUCACCCUCUGUGGCUGGCUGUGGCAGAAGGCCGCCUCUUUAUCUCCUUUAGAAAGUCCCUUUUGGUUCAGGGAUGCAUGCGGCCUUGGAACAAACUCCUCACUCUUUGAUUCCAAAACCUUUUUCUCUUGGCUGUUUUUUUUUUUUUUUUUUUUUUUUUUUUUUUUUUUUUUUUUUUUUUUUGGUGGCUGAGCGGGGAGAGCCUUCAAACAAGGCUGCAGCAACACCUCCACGUUCCAUCUGACACUAUAGAAAUGUGUGUGUGUGUGUGUGUGGCAGGUCAAACAGUCUCCAGCCUGUAAGUUCUGGUUUUAACGUCCUUCAUGUCUUCAUUUCUCUGUACACCUGAGGUUUCUCUGCUGUUGUUUCCUUGUGCAUCUCAAAAAAUGCUAAAGUUCAAAUAUUUCAUGGUGUUUGGGUUUUUUUAAUGACUGUUUUUAUGUUUUUCAGUCAAGACAGAAAUCCAGUAUUUCAGGGGAUUAUGGAGGCCUGUCGCAGUCUGAACCUGAGCUGACCGCCAGCUUCUCUGUGGGUGAAGACAAUAAAGUCUGCUGUGUUUACACUCUUA